CAAUAUGUACCAAGCUGAUUCAUAUCAGGCUAUUAAACCACAGUGGUCUAACUGGCUCUGUACAAUUCACCUUUUGAAAAGCAGACGAUGGGCACUGUCUAUUUCCUCCUUGCGCUAGUUUAUCAACUGUGUGUUUGUAAAUAUGUUUCAGCAGCAUGUGGCAGACCAUCAUAUGUCAUCAAUGCAUAUGUGGUGAAUGGAAAGAUGGUGUAUGAACCCGGUGAAGAAGCAACGUACUCCUGUGUGCCCGGAUAUGUGGGUCAUGGCUCCAACAAGCUUAUUUGUCCAAAGUCUGGCAUCUGGGGCCAGCCCAAAAUUCAGUGUGAACUCAGAACAUGCUCACUUCCAAAGAGGCUGGAAAAUGGAGAAUUUCGCGCAACGGAGUUCAAGUUUGGGAAACAAAUUUACUACCAUUGUAAUGAAGGGUUCAUUUUCAGAGGGUCAAGCAACAGCACCUGCCAGGCAGAUGGCACUUGGAGUGCUCAGAAUCAAGUCUGUGAACCUGUGCAAUGUUCACCCCCAAUUGCACCAAUUAAUGGGAAAGUCGGAUUUCAUCCCACUGGCCAGACAAAAAACAUUUUCAUCUUUGGUGAUAUGAUCUCAUAUGAGUGCAGGCAAGGACUGGCUCUGGUUGGAAAUGAAACGGGCUUUUGCCAAGCCAGUGGAAAUUGGACAAAUGCACCUCAAUGUAAAGAUGUGAAAUGCCCAACUCCACCAAAUAUAGUGAAUGGAUUUUUGGUGUUUUCCUUCAAAACCAAAUAUAAUUUUGGAGAGACUAUUAAGUUUGGCUGCAAAGCAAAUUACAUCUUGGACGGUCCAAGGGAAGCCGUGUGCCAGAAGACAGCACAUUGGACUAAACUACCCAGCUGUAAAGCUCCUUGCAAUAUAUCUGUAAGAGGUCGUAUAUUUUACAAUGGGCGAAAAAUCUGGGUGGGAGAACUCCCGAACAACAGAAUACUGCAUGCAGAAAGUGUGGCUUUUUACUGCAAGAAUAAAGAAAAAAAAUGUGGAUACCCAGUUCUAACUCAGUGCAUUGAUGGUACAGUUAUAAUUCCUUCAUGCUUUGAAGAACCUUCAAAAUUAAGCUAUGCAACUCUGUACAGGUACCUUCCAUCAGAAAUAAAACAAUGUUAAAGUAGGAGCUCGACAUCCACUGUCAUGUCAAACAUCAUUAAAAGCAGAAACAAGAUUUCUUCAGUGAUUAAAGCUAUGAAUUGUGUUUUAAAAAAUAUCGCAUAUCACAAUUAGUUACAUCGUGGUGGCAAGAUUGUGAUGGUAACAGACAGUCUCUAUCGAAAAGGAUGAUUUUCUUCUUGGAUUUCACUUUAGUUGUGACAGAGUGGAACAUUGGCAAUAAUCAAUAUCUGGUAUUUGUACAUGGACCCAGUUUGUCAUCAAAAUCCACAUUUUAAAUAAAUGGCUUGUAAUAA